CCUCCUAUCGCUGGGGAAGAGUCCAAGACCCAAGUUCCCGUCAGCACUGAAAGAGCCAAUCUUGCCUCCGUUUGCCAUGGUUCUCCCCUCAAUCCUCCACGAUCCGCGUCUACAGAACCACCCCGCUGAAUCAUCCGUGAACUGUUCGGAUGAAGACAUGAAGUGACAGCAGCAACGCUCCGUUACCACUUUUUCUCAGUUUUCAGAGUACUAGCCUCCCAUCUUUAAUAAUACAGGGCGGUGAUGGCGUUUUUCGUCAAGAAGAAGAAAUUCAAGUUCCAGACGCAGCUCACCCUGGAGGAGCUGACGGCGGUGCCCUUCGUCAACGGGGUUCUGUUCUGCAAACUGCGGCUGCUGGAGGGAGAAUUUGUGGCAACUUCCUCGAGAGUCGAGGUGCAGGAGAACUGUGUUCGAUGGAGAAAGAGGUUCUCCUUUGUGUGUAAGAUGAACGCCAACCCUCACACCGGCGUGCUGGACCCCUCCGUCUGCAGAGUGUCUGUUAGGAAGGAACUCAAGGGAGGGAAGGCGUAUACGAAGCUGGGCUUCACAGACCUCAACAUGGCUGAGUUUGCUGGCUCAGGCUCUGCAGUGCGCUGCUGUCUCCUGGAGGGCUACGAUACCAAGAACACCCGCCAGGACAACUCCAUCCUGAAGGUGAUCAUCGGAAUGACACUGCUGUCAGGAGAUCCGUGUUUUAAAACCCCUCCCAGCUCGGCCAAGUCUAUCUCGGUCCCGGGCCGCGAGCCAACCCUGCAGCUGGACUGUAAGGGGGGCGGCACGGGCACCACAGGACCCCUGGCCCGGGGCACCAAGCCCAGACCCCCCAUCAGCUCGGGCCUCAUGGAGGAGUCUGAGCCUCCCCUCUCUCCCCUGGCCGAGGUCUUCCAGUCAGGACACUCCCGCAACUCCAGCUACGCCAGCCAACAGAGCCGCAUCUCAGGCUACAGUACUGAACACUCGUGCUCCUCCAGUGUGUCCGACCUGACCCACCGCAGGAACCUGUCCACUGGGAGCAGCACCUCGGGCGGGGCCCUGGGGACCAGUGACCUCCCUACUGCUGACGGGGACCGGCCCCCAAGACCCCCCAGGCCCUGCCUGCCCCCCAGCCGACUCUCCAGGAGAAAGCAGGACUCUGUGGAGAGUCAUCUCUCUUGGGUCAACGACACCCGCAUGGACGCCGACGACAUUGUGGACAAGAUCGUCCAGAGCCACAACUUCGAGGACGUCAACAACACGGAAGACAGCAAUUUGCGUCUGUUUGUCAACAAAGAUGGAACGACGGCACUCAGUGGCGUACACCUCGGAAACCGGGUCUCAGCUGGAGGUUACGAGCCGGUGGUGAUUGAGAGCCACUAGGGCCCCAGGGGGUCCCAGGGGGUCCCAGGGGGCCCCAGCGCCACCAGAACUUCAACCACUCCAUACUGACCUGGAGAAAGUGGCCCAUCUAUCUCCUCCUGGUCUCUCUGUCUGUUCCUAGGUGUUCCGGUUUGCACUUUAUCUUUCCCAGAUGUGUCGAUGUCUGAUGUAAACACCCCCCCCCCCCCCCCCCCCUCAGUCAGCACAUGCAUCACGUCUUUUCUAGCUUUAAUCGGUUGAAAUGUUGACAUUUCAACCCAAAUGUGUUUUAUUAGGAUUCCACUCGCAAAUUCAAAGCUGACUUUAGAUCUUGGAUUCCAGGAUGAAUGAAUCCAACAGGAGCAGAAGUUUGCACAGUCCGCGGUUCUGCUUCACUGAGGUGGCGUACGAACGAGUUUGUGUGUUUUGUUAAGAGUGUGUUGUUUAUUAGUCUGCUUCUCAUCUGGGAUCACACAACGUGUUCAUAAGACACUCCCUGUUGAUCAGGGAGGUACGUGGUUAGGGGUAGAGCAUUCUAACCCCGCGGGACGUUUUUCUUGAAGGAUCCGGAAGCAGGUUUUAAGGUGGGAUGAAGACGUGCUUGUGAUGGAGAAGAGAGAAGAUGUCGUUGGGUUAAGUCAGGCUAGUGGUGUUCAGUUGUACGAGUCUCUAACUGAGUCUGUCUCUUAUGAUGGCUGCUGGGUACAGCUGGUAGGAGGGCCUUGGUGGGUUGACCUCUGGUCUGGGUGCUUGGUCUGAGUGGUCUGUUGCUGUAGCGUUGGGUCUCGGAGGAGUCCUAUUCUGGCUGCCGUCGCCCCCUGGUGGAGUGGUGAACCUUCUUCUUCUGCAGAACCUGUCUGCAGAACCAAGCCCCAGGGAGUUUGUGACCUUGCUUCAAGCUAAACCCAGUAGGUCCCGUCCCAGCUGCUGGAAGGCCAGACAUCUUAACUAAACUAGUUCAGUUUUUUAGGCAGCCUUAUAUUUAAUUUCACAUUUUUGGUCAGGGGGAGAUACAUUUCCAAUGACAAUGACCUUAGGGUCACUUUGAUGUAAGAAACAACCUUUUAGUUUUGAAACUAUAGUUUGCUACAAAGAGACAAUGUUUUCAAAUAAUUGGUCAGUUGCAACAUCCAAACUGUACGCAAUCUGAAACUCUGUUGGUUUAGUGUGAAUAAGGAUGUUUAUUGAUGACUUCUGACAUCUCUUCAAUUCACUACUUUAUGGCAACCUUAUUCACAUUUGUUUUUAUCACAGGGUCGAUUGGUUUGCUAUAUUCACAUUUGGGAGAAACCACUAAUAACAUUGUUUGAUAUCAGCCCUUAAUAUCCCUUUAAAGAAGUUUCGGUUUUAAUGCUCUUGUCUGAAGAAGUCUAAGCAAUGCACACACCUUGCACAGAUAUCAACUCGUUUCUAAAAGCUCUAACAAAUUGUUUUACUUGUAAGCUUGCACGACUUUUAGAAACGGUAUUUCUAAAAGAUUUGUACCGUGUAAGACCACUACUUCAAACGUGUUUUUCUUUGUUCCAACAAAUGUAUUCUAUAUAUUAAAGAGCCUAUCUUACACGCCUCGUGUUGAUGUGUGUUGUCUUUUUAUUGUGGAUCCCUAUCAACUGGGGUUCAGUGACCUCUAGUGGUGAAGUGUGGAACCACUGCCUAAGCAGUAGGACGUAAUUAAAUGGAUCUUAUACCAAGUUAAUUGUAUUUCUUUAGGUUUAGAAUAGUUUGUUACAUUACAUUGGAUAUUCUUUCCAUAUACUAAACAUUAUUGAUCGUUGUGAUCUAUUUGUAUAAAGGAGGAACCAGACACUUUAGAGCCUGCCAGUGAGUGAUGUCUGGUCGUCAGCUGGAAGAGUUGGACUACUCAUCUCAAGAAACGACCCUGGAUAAUUCCCUGAAUAAUUAAGUACAACUAAAGACAACAUAAAUCUCAUGAAAACCCCAUAUUCCGUUAGAUACUUCUCGCAAGGCCAUGUAUUAUCAUUAACCUCCUCAGCUAAAUAUUUAUAUUAAUGUUUGUGAAUAAGAGCACUUGCUCCUAGUCAAUCUUGGUUUCAGAUUAACACAUAUGAUGUACCAUUAUACACACAAUCUAUACUAGUAUUUGAUACCAUUAUAUACGGUUAGGCCUAUUUUAUACUAUUUACAUAUUGCAUACAAUUUAUUCACAUUUUCUAGUAUUUUAUAUAUAUAUUUCAUAUAGG